AUGGCGAGUCUCGCGACAUGCCCGCCCUUGACCAGGGAAUCGGUCUUUGAAGCACGAAAGCUCAUCCAGUCUCAUAUUCAUAGAACUCCGGUCCUCACAAACAAAACUCUGAGCCAAAUGGCGUCUACACCGAGGUCGUCUUCUACCAUUGGUGACAGAAAGCCUGCCAAACCUGUCAUUAGACUCUGGUUCAAGUGCGAAAAUAUGCAGCGCAUCGGCGCCUUCAAAGCUAGAGGCGCUUUUCACGCUAUUGAGAGACUCAAACAGGAGCCCGGAUGGCUUGAAAAUGGUGGGAAGACCAAAGGAGUCGUUGGAUUCAGUGCAGGAAACCAUGCACAAGCAUUGGCACUGGCAGCUAGAGAGAAUGGCAUCACAGCGCAUAUUGUGAUGCCAAGCACCACUCGCCCUUACAAGAUUGACGCAACCAAAGGAUACGGCGCUAAUGUUGUCGUCUGCGGCCCCAAAGACCGUGAAGCUGUCGCGGCUAAGAUUGUCUCGGAAACAGGCGCUCGUCUCGUUCCGCCAUUUGACCAUCCAGAUGUGAUUCUCGGCCAGGCAACUGUUGGCCUGGAGAUGCAGGACCAAAUUGAGGGCCUCGAUGCCGUUAUCGCACCCUGCAGUGGUGGCGGCCUUCUUUCUGGCGUGGCAUUGAGCUGCGAGGGAACAGGAGUUAAGGUUUUUGGAGCCGAGCCUGAAUUUGAGGGGGCUGAUGACGGGCGCAGAGGCUACUAUUCAGGAAAGCGAGUGACUGAGGUCAGUACGAGAACAAUUGCGGACGGCUUGAUCGGCGUCGUUGGGGCGAGGCCUUGGGAUAUCAUCUAUGAGAGGAGGCUGGUCAGCGGCAUGUAUGCGGUUUCCGAAGAGGAAAUCUUGGAGGCCACAAAGCUUAUCCUAGAACGGCUGAAGUUGGUGGUUGAGCCGGCUGCUGCCGUACCACUGGCUGUUGCGCUUUUCAACGAGGAGUUUAGGGUUAUGGUUGAGGAAGAGGCUGGUGAAAAAGGCUGGGAUCUUGGCCUGGUGUUGAGUGGCGGGAACAUCGGCGUCGACGGGCUCGCGAAGCUUUUCUCUUAG